AGACUCCUUAGAAAGCGUUCGACGCACCAGGGGGAGCGACCAUGCCCACAGUCUUGUUUCUUCCGUUGCAGACGAGAUCUUGGAUCUUGCCGUGUAGUGGGACGGAUAAUUUAUAAAUUCGUGUUUGCAUGCUAAUUACGACGAGAAGUACACCUCCAAAGGAAAAUGCCACCGUCCAGGAGUCGCCAGCAAGAACACCACAGGAGGCGGAAACACGACGAGGCCAACACGAAAUCACGUAGCAAGCGUCGAACCGACAACUCAGUGAACCCGUCAGACAUCCGAUUCACGAGGAGGACCGCUCAACUGGCACAGUCGCGGAUCACGAAACCUAUGGGCUCGUAUCGAUUCUUGCAAGAAUCCAGGAGAGUCAGACGAGACGAGAGCAACAACUUCUCAAGAGAAGACAAGAAGCACAGUCUCGAGAAGGACCUCCAAAAUAUAUUAAGAUGCGGGGACCGUCACAAGCCGACUUCUGCGGGAUCUUCGAGGUGGUGUUCUCUGCCCGAAAUGUACACACCUUCGUCGCCGCAGUCGUCGUCUCCUGGGAGAUGUCCCCGCAACGCGUCUCAAAUACGGCCCAGCAGCAGGUCGUCCCCCAGCACGUCGGAGAGAAACCUUCAAGGGACGUGGACAAGACGUCGUGAGCCGCGAAGACCUCUAGCUGAAGUCACGCGCGACGGUGUGGACCGGACCAUGGCCACUCAGAACGAACAAGAAGUCGUCAUCAAGUCCGUUCUUCGACUUCAAGAUAGACUCGCCGAAAAACGCCGAAUCAUGUUUCCCUGCUCCGAUUUUCUCCUAUCUGUGCGGCAAAGUAUAGCGGAGCAGUGCACCAGGAACAAAAGGGGACGUAGUCCAGAAUGCACACACUCCCAGGAGUCUGACUCUGAUAUCUCAGAUGUGUCCAUACAGUCGCCAGAUAGAGAGACAACGUUAGGUGACGACGACAGAUGCAGCAUUGCAGACAAACUGGACAAACUGGACUCCCAGAUCGCACUCGAAGACAUGGAAGUGGAAGCGGAUAUGCUGAGUUCCAGUAGGACGCCGUCACCGUAUGUUCUAUUUCCGGACACGGCGGUGCCACCGCCUUGCGACGGAGACCAGUUGCGUGUUCUGGCCAAUAGUGGGCCACCUCAUCGACCUGCGGAGAGGCCGGCACCACACGAGAGUCGGCGCAGCGCAAGCUACGAUGGCACCUUUGAGCUUAGACGGUCGCAGCCACCGCCAGAGCCACCGCCAGAAUGGGUCGACCUCACCGUGUCUCCGGUACAGCCCGUUUUCCACACCUCGUCGUCGCAGCAGGGCUAUAGGACAGCUCAGCACUACAACAUCAAUCGAGACGUCCACAACAUCAGUUCAUCGUCUACAUUGCUACUGAGGCACAGAAGUAAUACUCAGAGUGAGGAAGACCUGGUGCCGCCAACUCCACCACCACGCAGGAAAAGGCGUCGCCUCGUGCCAUCCAAUUUUUAUGCUCCUCAAGCAUGCGACCUGGAUGUAGAGGACGAUAUUAAUGAGGGCUGGUACUGUCCUGGACAAAAAAUGUUCUAGAGCCUGCAUCAGCACAACUAUGGACUGCGAUAGGCCAUCUACACGGAGUACCGCCGGCACACAAGACGCAUUCCAUGCGCACCGAACCAACAGCUAUUAUUUAUUAUGGCUCGCGCUCGAGCCAGUGCGUUUGCGUAGAUCAUUUCUAGAUGCACGAGUGCGUCAGCUACGCUGCGCCAUCUGGUAACGUCGGAAGUACAGCUUUAAGUCGUUCCGUAAAUGACAGCCGCGUACAGUUUUUACGGCCGCUAUAGGGCACAUCCGACUUUAGUGUCACCUUAGUGUCCAUAAUGUAAAAUAGGUCCCUAUUGUCCAGGUCCUAUUCCUCAUUGUACGUGCAAAUAUUGACGUUGAAUGUAGUGGGAGGGCCUAAUAUAAAUUUGAAGGAGCGACCAUGUGCGUAGGCUGGUUUAAUAAUAUAAGUUAGCCCACGUUAUCGUCAUCAGUAUGUGACUUUGUUUAGGCGCACAGGGCUGUGACUUGAGACAUUGCAGGUGUAUACCAAUUCCCGGUAUCAAGAUAUUGUGCCAUUUCAAACCACCUGUAAACUUGCAUUCCUUGAAAUGGUUGUGUUGAAGUUUGUGAUAUAUUUAUUUACAUAAACGUAUGCCCUCUAAUUUCUUAGUGCAAGAGCAUUUCCUCUGGUUAUUUUUUUUGGCUACUUUCGUGGCAUUUAAAUAUAUUUUUCGCUAUGCUUUCCCUGCACUUCGUGAUAUGAAUGUCCUGCGGCGGAGAUUCAAGAUGGAGAAGUUGAGAAAUCGGUGAGAGUAAAAAGUUCUGGAAUGGUAAAGCCGAGAGACUCGUUAGAGGUAAUUGCCAUUUGGAAUGCUCAUCUUUCUUGCCCACUCUCAGCAAUGUUCUUGACAUACACAAUUUCUCCUGAAGUCCGAGGUAGCUGCACAGAGUUCGUAGCCAUAGUAUUAUGGUUGAAUAUACUGUGCUGCAACAGAGACACUAUAUCUUACGUGCUGUUCCUAUGAGGGGGCAUAUGUUACACACAUGAAUGAACAUUUCGGCAAUAAAGGGUGCCAUACUUCUGU